AUGCUUCUGCUCAUCAAACUAUUUCUUUCUGUUUCUUUCUUGGAGUGUGCCAAAAAAUCCGUAAUCGACGUUCGACAAUUCAAUUUAGACGAGGUCGGUGGCUAUCGGACUGAUCAGGUCACCCUAGAACCAGCUCCAAAACCUCCAUUCCUUAUUAACGCUACAAAUGAAGCAAUCGAACAAUUCAUGGCGAUUUACCGGACUCCAGGAAUAGCACAAGUGAGAAAAAUGACUGAAUUGGAUGUUCUUGUUGGAACACUUCGAACCGAGGUUCAACAAUCUUACAAUGCAUAUAAAGCAGAAGCGAUUUUAUUGAAAUUAGCACAAGAUGAAAGAUUACAGGAGAUUGCAGAGAAGACCCACUACACAAUUGUUCAUCUUCAAGCGAUGAAAAGUACCAAAAUGGGGACCAACGAACGAAAAGCGAGAACUGAGAUGAUGUUUUCGGAAUUCAGUGAUUUCGUCGUGUCAGCUGUUUCAGAUGAGAUGAGCAAUAUUUUGGAUCUGGUUAUGAGGCAAAUGCUAAGAGCGAUUUUGUUUACUGAGAAACUUACUGUGUGA